AAAUCCAAACAAGAUUGUCCAGAUUAACUUUUUGGUUUGAUCGGAUUCAUAUAAAAGCUGAUUUAUUGUAAUUCUCAUCUGUACUAUAGUUAAAUAAAUUAUUCUGGUAAAAAUGUUCAAAUUAGUCGCUACGAUAUUUAUGUGCCUGUAUGUUUCUUCAUCAGGGGCUGUUGAAAAAGUAAAUUUUACUCUGAUCUACGAAACAAGAUGUCCUUAUUCUGUAGAAUUUAUUUUUGACCAACUCUAUCCAGGAUAUCAGAAAAUUGGAGAAUAUCUCAACGUAACCUUGCUACCAUACGCCAGGGAAAAUGAAGCGGAUGGCGGUAUUACUUGUCAGCAUGGCGACAACGAAUGCUACAUUAGCAGAGCUCAAGUUUGUUCUUUAAAAGAUUCUGCUAUAACUCAAGAACUUCAAGUAGAAUUUCUACAUUGCUCUGAACAAGGAGUAUAUGAUAGCCGAAAUGUGACUGAUGCAGAUAUUCAACAGUGUUUAACUUCGGUACUACCCAACAUCUCAUGGGAUACUGUCAAGACUUGCAUAGAAGGUGAAGAAUCUACAAAUCUGUUGAAAGAUAUUUACGAUAUUGCAGUAGCUUACGGUAGGACUUAUGUGCCAUACCUCAUCUUUAAUGAACAGCAUGACCAAGACCUUGAAAACAAAGCACGUGGUGACUUCGUCGCAGCUGUAUGCAGUCUGCUGACUAGCCCACCAGCAGUAUGCCAAUCUAACUGAAAAGCAAUUAUAUACUAUAAAGUAACAAUGUACUUUAACAUUAUUACAACACCGUUAUUAUAAAGUAACAAUGUACGUUAAGAAAAAUAAAAUUUCAAAAAAACUAUAAAAA